ACGCGUCGUUGCUAUUUUUCUUCUUUUUUUUCGUGUCACGGUGCAGUUGACGCCGGUGAAGCGGAACCGGAAGCGACUAUGAGGAUGUAGCUUCGCCGUGGACUGGAACUCGCGGGAAUGAAUUGGAUAUCGACGUUUUAUCCAUGAAAUCGACGGCAACUGGCGUUUCGCUCGUUUCUCGCGCCCCCAGCCGAACACGCACCACUGGAAAUGGCGAUACUCUGCGCGAUAACGGUGUUGCUCGAGCUCGUGUUACUGGUGGCAUUAACCGGUGUUCUAGCCUCCGUCGCUGCCGUGUUGCGCCUGAUGGAAGUGACCAUCACCAUCAUCCACCCGUUCACCAUAUUCAUGCUCCAACAAUCCGGCAAGAUAAUCAUUUUUGGGGUGAGAGAGACUAAAAGGCUGGCGUCGGACGCGUACUACAAGAUCCAUGUGGAUCGUGGCCCUGUAACAGCCGUGAAAUUACUAACCAUAAACAUGCGUCAACCGGAGACACCUUACUACAGAAGUGCUAUACCUGGCAUGGUUGAGGAAACGUUCCCUCGCGAACGUGAUUUUCCUCUCGUACCAGCGUCGAGGGAAGAAGAAUUAGAAGAGAAAGAGGAAGAAUCGGUGGUUCAUAGUCCCGGUGCUGAUCAAAUUGAGGAGACGAACGACGGCAAAGUGGUGCGAGACGAAUCGAGAAAAUCCAUCGAGGAGGAUACUUCCGAGGCGACGACUAUCAACGGUGUUCAAUAAAAA